CAGUCGCCUUCCGUAAGUAUUGCCGGACCGCUACGCGGUUUCUUUUGGAGCAGAAAACUACGGGCUGCUGCUCUGCUUUAUUUUGGAGAGUUCUCUCACUGCAGACCACAAACGGAUGUGAGGCAGGGAAGGUGCCUCUCCUCCCUCUCUUGUUUCUUCUCUCUCUCUCUCACUCUCUCUCUCUCUUUCUCACACACUCUUUCUUUCUCUGCGCUCACGAACAAACCAGAAAAAAGGGGAGCUGCUUGAUGUGUUCACUGCAAAUUUCUCUGAAAUGGACGUGAGGUUUUAUCUCCAGACUGCUCCAGCUAACAUCUCCACUGAUACUCCCUGCCUGGGACCUUCACCCUGCUUAGAUCCAUACUAUUGCAAUAAGCUUGAUGGUGAAAACAUGUACAUGAGUAUGACAGAUCCAAGCCAGGACUUCAUGCCAGGAAGCCAGAGGGUGGUGGGCAUAUGGAACAAGCUGCCAGAGGAGAUGGUAGAGUCAUAUCCAGUCCCAAGCAUUGGAGAUGAAGAUUUUGAUAUCCCUCCAAUUACUCCUCCUUCAAUGCUGGACCAUUCACUCCUUCACCUGACUGACACAGAUUCUAGCUACCACUCCCUCUGCCACUCAAUGCCCCAGAAUGGGAUUCUUCAAUUCAACCCGCAGAACAUGAAUCUUCCUGCAAUAACAGUGUCUAAUAUGCUCAGCCAAGAUGGAGCUCUGCUUUCAAACUGCCUUUCUGUGAUGCAUGAUCUGGGAAACACAGAAACUACUCAUUACAGUGCUCACCCACAGAUGUCAAUUAUGAGAUCUGCUAUCCGAUCUGCAGACAUCAGGCACCCAGGAAUAUUGCAUCGUGGUCAGCUGACCACUAUAAACCAGUCACAACUCAGUGCCCAACUUGGUCUUAAUAUGGGAGGAAAUGCUAUCCAACACAGCUCACCAUCCCCACCAGGAAGCAAGUCCGCUACUCCAUCACCAUCCAGCUCAGUUCAUGAAGAUGAAACCGAUGAAUCAUCCAAGAUGAAUGGUGGUGAAAAGCGGGCAGCCGUCGAUAUGGGAAAGAAACCGAAAACUCCAAAAAAGAAGAAAAAGAAGGAUCCAAAUGAACCCCAAAAACCUGUGUCGGCUUAUGCUCUAUUUUUUCGAGAUACUCAAGCAGCCAUCAAAGGUCAAAAUCCAAACGCCACUUUUGGUGAAGUUUCAAAGAUUGUUGCCUCAAUGUGGGAUGGUUUAGGUGAAGAACAAAAACAAGUGUAUAAGAAGAAGACUGAAGCUGCCAAAAAGGAGUAUCUCAAACAGUUAGCAGCUUAUAGAGCUAGUCUGGUUUCCAAGAGUUACAAUGAGCCCAUUGAUACAAAGACAUCCCAGGCUUCACAGAUAAUGAAUUCAAAGCAGCCAGUGUUUUCUGGUCACUCACAAGCCCCUUCUCCAAUGUACCUCGGUUCAGGUGCCUACCACCAACAGUCUGGUAUGAACCCUCACAUAUCCACCAUGCAUCCAAGUUUGUCUCGGAGUAUUGCUCCCAAACCCAACGGUCAGAUGCCAGUGACUGUUUCUGUAGCGAAUAUGACCGUCUCGCCACCUCCAUCUCUUCAGAUCAGCCCACCACUGCACCAGCUAUCAAUGCAACAGCAUCAGCUUCACCAGCAGCAAACUUCCGUCAUGUCUCAGCAAAUAGGUAACCACCAGCUACCAAUGCAGGUUCAACCUCCCCUGCAUUCACCACCGAUGCAGCAGGGAUUCUUGCAAUCUGAGUUUCAGAACAUAAUCAACUCAACAUCUACAGCUGCACCUGUUGCUACUCCAACAAUGGACUGCGUCCGCCCAGUUUGCCGAAAUCCCCCACCACAGAGUGUUGACUGGAAUGACUACUGCAACAAUGGUUUGCAGAGGGAUAAAACGCUGUACCUUACCUGAGGAUAUACCAUUCUUUCCUAUGAUGACUGCAGGGAAGUCUUCAAAAAUGGAGUGUAUCAAGGCAGUUCUGUGUCUUUUUAGAGAACAAGUCGCUAAGCACUUAGAUCUUUGAGCUUGCACUUAAAGUUUGUGGGAUUGGCCAUCAUUUUGCGUCUUUCCAUCGAAGAUUAUUAUUGGACAAGCAUCCCUCUUCAUUUCUGAAGGAAACUUGGAUCAUUUUGCUUACUGUUGGUUUUGCUGUGGAGUGCUGCUGUAGUGAACUGCCUUAGCAAUUUUAUGUCGUUCUGGGACCACGAUCCCAGAUCUUCCAUCAGUUGUUGAUAGUUAACCAGUGAAAACAUUGACUGAUGGAUAGAGCACUCAUAGCAAGUUUGUAAAUAGGGUAUGUGUUGCACUCUCUUAGAGUAUAAAAUGAUAAAAAGGGUUUCCUAGCUAAAACGUAACUUUAUACUGGCACUGACCAGUGAAAUGAUAUCAUUUAAAUGGGACCAGAUUUGCAAGAUUAGUAUUUUUUGCUUAAUUUGUAAGAAAACAGUUUCAUAGUUAUAUAUUUGCAAAGUUGCUUCCAACAAUUUUAUUAAGCACCCCAAAUUCUCAUAGACUAGCAUGAACAGUUUUUAAGUGUUAAAAAGCAAAACACAUUUAUUUUGUACUACAUAGAUGUUUUUGUAUCUUCUAUGGUGUCAUGGUUAGUAAUUUUGUCAUUCUAUACGUUUUGUGUAAAAAAAAAUUUAAAACUGCCAAAUGCUUCUCUGGUGUUUAUUAGAUACAGCAACUGAUUGGAGAGAGCUAAGUUAUAACCUCGACAUAUGGCUAUAUAUAAUUGUUUCUUCAUACUGUAUGUCUAUAUUUAAUCUUUUUUAAUGGAAACUGUUGGGCCUAUUUAUGAAAUAAUAAAUAGAGGUGUUUGUAAGUAAUUUUGUAAGCAUUGAAAAAUAUUUUGGGGUGCCAGUUCACUGUGUUGGCACAACCAUCUCAAUUUAUGUGAUUAUGCUUACUACAUUGAAUUAGUUUCUUUGGUAAUAAUAAAAAAAACUCACAUCUGGGUUUCUCCUUUGCAGAAAAUGA